GACAGAGUCAACAUCCGGCGACGCAGAGAUGCGCACGUUUCGGCGCUCGCCGAGGGAAAAGGGACGCCGCGAUCGUGACUUUGGGACAUGAGAGCGACAAUGAAGCCCAUCAGCCUACACAGCAGCACCUGAGGAGCACGUUCGCUUCCAGCAGUACGUUUUACAAGGAAUUUGGCCGGUUUACUUGGGAUUUACCUAGGUUUCGGUCUUUGGUCCUAAAGUUUAUUCUGAAACGAUCGAAAGGCUACCUUUUCUACCAACGAGGUAAAAAUUAUUCAUUCCUUAAUUUUUGGUGAAGAUAGACUAUCGUUAAUACUAAAAGUAUUUCUCUUUUACGUAUAUUGACUGAAGAGAUUCGCAAUAUUCAUAGUUAAGAACACAAGAGCCAUGUCAUCAGGCGCAGGUUCCAGUGGAACUGGCCGGGGGCGUGGUUCAUCACUGGCAGACAAUAAGCCAGAGAGCAAAGAAGCGAAGCCUAAUCCAAAGAUGUCAAAAGCUUUAGGAACAUCCGCCAAAAGGAUACAAAAAGAAUUGGCAGAAAUCACAUUAGACCCACCACCAAAUUGCAGUGCAGGACCUAAGGGAGACAAUUUAUAUGAAUGGGUAUCAACAAUACUUGGACCUCCUGGUUCAGUUUAUGAAGGAGGAGUAUUUUUUUUAGAUAUACAUUUUUCUCCAGAAUAUCCUUUUAAACCUCCAAAGGUUACAUUCCGGACACGAAUCUAUCAUUGUAAUAUCAACAGUCAGGGUGUAAUUUGUUUAGACAUAUUAAAAGAUAAUUGGUCUCCUGCAUUAACUAUCUCAAAGGUUCUAUUAUCCAUUUGUUCUCUCUUAACAGACUGUAAUCCAGCGGAUCCUUUAGUAGGAAGUAUAGCAACACAGUAUCUACAAAAUAGAGAAGAGCACGAUCGUAUAGCACGGCUUUGGACUAAGCGUUAUGCCACAUGAAUAACUUUUUGAAAAAAGUUAACUUCCUUGUUCCUUCAAAACGAACUUAAGGAAAACUGUUUAACUACAUUAAAAUUUUGAUUAUUCGGACUGAUCAGUUAUUUUUGAUAAAUUAAUCAAAUUUCUUCAAUUAAUCGAAUAUUAUUUAUAAGUUUAUAUUUGUUUAAUAUAGUAAUAUUUCUUUACAUUAUAAUUAAAAUUAUUUGCAUUUUUUUUCUAAUCAAUUUAUAGUAUCAAUUAUUUGAUCGAUUUCCUUUAUGCUUUUACAUACAUAUAUAUUUUAAUUGCUAAAUUAUGUACAGAUACAUAUAUAUUUUUCUUCAUUAUUUAUAAUCGCUUUUUUGAAUCAAUAUUAUAUACUAUAAUAAAAUUAAUGAGAAGUAAGUAAUGUUAACAAAAGUUAAAACUUUGUUUAUUCGAAGAAAUAUCUAAAAAUUUCUUUAUAAUCUUUCAGUUUUUAUAGUUGAACUAUGUUAUGAAAUAUAAUAACAAAUGAUCAUUCGAAUAAUCAUAAUUUAAAUUUUUUGCACCUUCGAAAAAUUAUCGUAUGUAUAUGUGUAUCUAUCGAAGGAUUGCUAUAAAGAAAGACUCUUUAAGAUCGUCGAUACGAUCAUUGUGAUGUGCUUUUAUAUCAAGUAUGUAAAUGUGCCUAAGAUGAAUGAAUGUGCGUGCAUGAGCUACCUUACUACUUUCGUUUUCACCCUACAGCUCUUAAAUAUCUUCCAGAAUGUAUUCUUAUGAAUACAAUAAAAAUAAUCUCAAUAUUAA